AUGUUGUCCACUCUCCCUCCCAACACGGGUCACUUUGCCAACAAGUCAUCCGGCGACGGCGACGGCGGCUCUGGCGGAUUCUCCGCCUCUCAGAUCGAGGCUCAGCGCUCGCUCAAGUCUUCGAUCCAGGAGCUCACCUCUGGCCAGCACGACGCCGAUCCCUCUCUCCUGACCCCCUACUCUGAGCUUCCCAAGGAGAUCACCGGACCCACGGUCUGGGAUGCCGAUUCCUACAGGGGUGAGGCGAACGCAUCCAAAUGGGUGCACACCUUCACCGAGCACCAGAUCUCGCAGCUCGAAUCCGCCUCGCAACUCUGGCUCGAGUCCGGUCGCGAACUCGGCGAGAUCGAGCGAUCCACCUUCCCGCUGCCCUCGGACCUCGUGGCUACCCUGACUCAGCUGCGUCAGCGUCUCAUCACCGGUCACGGAUUCUACCUCUUCAAGGGCCUGCCCACCAAGCGAUGGGGCAACCGUCUCUCGGCGAUCGCCUACCUCGGUCUCGGAUCGUACCUCGGCAACGUCGUCUCCCAGAACCGAUACGGUCACAUCCUCGGUCACGUCAAAGACCUCGGUGAAGAUCCUACCGCCAUCGACAAGGUUCGUAUCUACCGUACCAACGCCCGUCAGUUCUUCCACACGGAUUCGUCCGGUGGAAUCGUCGGACUGCUCUGCCUUCACAAGGCGGUGGAAGGGGGUGAAUCCGACAUCGUCUCCUCGCACGCCGUGUGGAACCACCUCCAAGUCAACCGCCCGGAUGUCGCCGAACUCCUCGCCAGCAACAUCUGGCACUUCGAUCGCAAAGGCGAAGUCUCCACCAUCAACGGCCACCAAAAUGGCUGGGUCACCCGUCCCAUCGUCCACCUUCGCAAAGGUCAACCGGAAAACCGUCUCAUCCUCACCUACGAUCCUUACUACCUCAAAUCGAUCCAACGUCACGUCGACGCCGGUCUCAUCCCCGAACUCUCGGAAAAGCAAAAGGAGGCCAUGCAGGUGCUGGAGGAUACUGCAAAGCUGUUGAGCCUUCACAUGGUGCUGGAUGUAGGCGAUAUUCAGUUCGUCAGCGACGUGCACGUGCUGCACGCCAGGACAGAGUACAAGGAUCCAGCUCCUCCCGCACCGAGGAGACAUCUCUACAGGCUCUGGUUGGCUGUCCCGACGAGCGAGGGCGGUUGGGAGAAUGCCUACCCGGAUAACGGGUUGCAGCGACGUGGUGGUAUCCAGGUGAACGAUACCAAGCCCACCUAUCCUCUCGACGGAGAGUAA